AUUUCCAAAAGGAUGAUUUUAGUGUGAUUAAGAUUGACUGAUUAGACCCUACUACAUAAUAUAUAAGUUUUUGAAGCUAUAUUCAAAGGUUAGGUGUUAGGUUUACUGAUGUUUUGGUUAAUAAAAACAUUUUAAAAGGUAUAAGAUCCUAUUUAAUUAUAAUAGGCUAAUAAAAAUAAUUUAUGAGAAACAUCUAAUCUUGUUCAUGUUUCAGAAGAAUGCUGCCAAGGGGGAAACUGUUGGUUGCCUUGGUGACAGGAAAAUCGGAACAGAGCCUACCUGCUCUUGAACAAGUUUAUAAAACACCACAAUCGGACUUCUCUGUUGCUGUAAACAAUGUACAAGAAGGCAAACUAUCUGCUUCAGAGGACUACAAAGGCAACUUACCUACUGGUGAAACCAAUGAAGUGGAACUACCUAGGCCUAUUGCUAAUAUUACUAAUGAGAGAGUACUCUCUGCAAGGAACUUUCCUGAAUCUGAUAUCCAAAACAGAAACACACCUGAUAACGAUGUCCAGGAAGUCGAAGCUGAUGCUGAGAUCGAAAAACUACGUAUCCCUAUUCCUGAAAUGGCUCAUGAGCCAGAGAACUUGCCUAUUUCUGCAGGCUUGGAUUUAGAUUCACCUGCUGUUGAUAAAACCAACUUAGCCUGUGCACAUUCCUCAAAAUAUAAUUCACCUCUUGCUAGCAUUACAUCACUGCCUGUUGUUGUAGAAAGGGUGGACUUUGAAAAAUUACAUUUUACCUCUACCGAUCAAGAUACUCCGGUGACUGCUAAAAGGCCUUUUAGAGCCACUAAGGAAAAAAGCAGAGAAAAAAUGAAGAAAAUGUUAGACAAUAUUAAUGAAAGCACGAUUUAUGAAUCGUUGUUUUCUUCAGAUUCAGACUCAGAAGAAUACCAACCUUUAUCAAGCUCAAGUGAUGAAGAUAAUGAUAAUGCCUCUAAGAGACAAAAACUGUCAGUAAAAAGAAAUGUUACACAGGAAGCCAAAACUAAUAAGAAGCCAAAACUGAAUCAAGAAAAAAAUAAACCGCAUGAAACUGAUUUAAUUCUUGCACAAGAAGGAACUCAGGGGGCUGGUCUUGAAGAG